AUGAUAGAUUAUAAAGAUAUCGAAUUAGCUUUAAUUGAAGUAAUUAAAGUGGCAUAUAGUCAAGGUACCAAAAAAUAUGAUAAAUUAGGGGCAUCAUAUGUAAACUAUCUUAAAACUUUACAGCGAAAAAGAGAUCCAGAAGAUCAUGUUAGAUAUGUAGCAAAGCAACGCGCUCCAAACGAGGAAACCUAUAAUGGAAGAAUAGCAGAUUUUAAAGAUUGGUACAAUGAAGAGAUAUAUACUAGUUUAGAAAAGUUAUAUAAAUUAUAUUUAGAAAUAGCUAAUCAAGAAGAAAAAGUAGAAAAGCGAACAAAAUUACAAGUAGAUGAAAUUCUUCAAAAAAUUCACG